AUGGAUCCCACUCCAGCACCCAAGAAGUCUAAGACAUCGCGCAAACGCAAGCGAGACAAUAUAGCACGACAACCAAAACGAUACUGUUUCCCAUUCUUUGCGAAUCAGCAAUUGAAUCCGAAGGAAUUCCCUCCGAAUCUUAGCUUGCCAGUUGGCAAGCCCGGGUGGACGCCCGCACCCAAAAAGGUCGCGGAAACCAUAGACGAGUUGUGGGAAGAAGAUGGAGAUUUCCAAGCCAGAGAUCAUGUUGACAUCGAUAUUCAGGGUCACAAUCGACUCAAAUUAUUCACACAUAUGCCUGCAAAUCGCAAUUCUUACAAGACGCUGAAGAUGACUGGAGGGCAUCCCGCACUUGCAAAAAAGGUCACGGCUGAACUGGAUUCCGAUGAUAAGCUCAUCGUACGGAUGAAGAAUGCUAAAUACCUCGAGAAGGACAUUGCACAGAAGCUAGUGGACGAAGGCCGAAUCAAGUACAAUGCAAAAACAAUCGGGACACGUUACGCUCGACUCAAAAAGAAGCUUGAAGAGAAGCAAGACGAGCUUCUAGAUGCCGAUCUCUCUGACUGGCACGAUGGAGAUGACGAUGCUCUCAAGCAGGCUAAGCAGCAGGCAGACGCUAUCGUCGACAAAAUGGUAGCUGAAAUCGAAGCCAAGAGGUGGAAGAUUGUCAAAGAGAAUCUGAGGAAGAUCAAGCCUGUCACGAACUUCAGCCAGAAGGCUUGCAAGACAAGGUUCGACGCACUUCAACAAGGAAAAGCCAAAGCAACCCCAGAAUCCAUCUUGAAUCCAAACGACGAGAUUCGAGCACGAAUCGCUGCACGCAUGGAGAGAGAGGCCAUGAUCGAGAAGGAUAAGGAAGAUUUCAGAAGAGACAAGCAUACUGAUCCUGAGACUGCAGCUCUCCUCAUGGCAAACUUGGAAGGGAACGCCUGGAAUUCUAAGAUGAAGUCGUAA